CGCCGCCACCUGCGGCUCGGUGGACUCCGGCAUCGACACCCCUGGCCCCCAGCGCCGCAGAUCGCAAGCUCUCAGCAACGCGUGCUUGGUAGGAACCCGUGCCGACCGACUCUUCCUCUGCGGGACGGUCUCGAGUUUGGUCGGGAGAUGGGUGACGGGAGCUGCUGCGUCUGCAAGGAGGCGCCGCCCAAGUACAAGUGCCCUUCUUGUCGCACGCCCUAUUGCUCUGUCACAUGCUUUAAAAAGCACAAAGAGGAAUCUUGUCAAAAGAUAUUGCAUCAGGAAGAAAUUAGCAAGUCAGCAUUGCAGGAGGAAGUUACACUGCACACCACAUGCACUGCAGAAUCUCCAAAUACAGCGUGCCCUACAAAAGCUCUUGAAGUUGAGGACCUAAGCUGGCUUGUUGACAACAAUAGACUAAGGUCCUUAGCGGAACUGAAAGGGAUCCAAGACGCUCUCAGGGAUCCUGAACUGCAGAGAAUGAUACUUCAAAUUGAUGGGUCUUCCGAAUCAGAAAAAGAAUUGGAGAAAGUGAUGGAAGGUCAAGCUUUUCGCGAGUUCACUGAUAAGAUUCUUGACAUUGUCAACCCACAAGAAUAACCGUCUACCCUGUUUGGUGGGAUUCUGACGCUAGAGUAAACAGAAGCAUCCGGGCAAACAAAGCAAAAGUGGAGCUCAUCUCUGUUUUCCUUUUUCCAGGAUGGUAUAAUUCAUAACAUAUCUUGAGUCGCCUGUUUUUCCAUGAUGGGGUAGACUUUAGAACACAUACUGUGUCGCCUGGUGAAAGGAAAUUACGUCUGCUGAAAAAUCUCUCUUGCCAAAUAUAGUUUUUCUUCUGUAUUCUAGUGUUGUAUUCUAGUGUGGUAGACAGCGACUCUACACUGACUACUGAGGGUGUGUUUGGUUUGGUUUUGACUUUUGCUCUCUAAAAACGAAAAGCAAACGGCCCGAGCCAGAAAGCAGCUUUUUUCAAAAGCAUGCUUUCUUGCAAUGCAAAUUGAAAGCACAUUUGAAUCU